GCGUGAAUGGAGCGCCCGCCCGGCGGGUCCCGCAGGAUUCGCGGUGGUGCGGCUCCGGACUGUUGGACAAUGCCCUCAGACGAGUCGUUGGUGGCCGUCACCUGCACUGCGCCGGUCAACAUCGCGGUUAUCAAAUACUGGGGCAAGCGAGAUGAGCAGCUGAUCCUGCCCCUCAACUCCUCUCUGAGCAUCACUGUGCACCAGGACCAGCUAAGAACCACCACGACGGCUGCUAUCAGCAAGGACUUCACGGAGGACCGGGUCUGGCUGAACGGCCGGGAGGAGGACGUGCGGCAGCCGCGGCUCCAGGCCUGCUUGAGGGAGAUCCGCCGCCUGGCCCGGAAGCGCAGGAGCACAGGAGAUGGGGACCCACUGCCCCCCAGUGUCAGUGACAGGGUGCACGUGGCCUCGGUGAACAACUUCCCCACGGCUGCAGGCUUGGCCUCCUCAGCAGCGGGCUUCGCCUGCCUCGCCUACACCCUGGCCCGUGCCUAUGGGGUUGAGGGUGACCUCUCGGAAGUGGCUCGCAGGGGCUCGGGCAGCGCGUGUCGCAGUCUGUACGGGGGCUUCGUCGAGUGGCAGAUGGGGCAGCAGGCAGAUGGCAAGGACAGCGUCGCCCGGCAGGUGGCCCCUGAGUCGCACUGGCCCCAGCUCCGAGUCCUCAUCCUGGUGGUGAGCGCCGAGCAGAAGCCGAUGGGCAGCACGGCAGGCAUGCAGACCAGUGUGCAGACCAGCGCCCUGCUCAAGUUCCGGGCGGAGGCGCUCGUGCCGGCACGCAUGGUGGAGAUGGCCCGCUGCAUCCAGGAGCGAGACUUCCCGGGCUUCGCCGAGCUCACCAUGAAGGACAGCAAUCAGUUCCACGCCACCUGCCUGGACACCUUCCCGCCCAUCUCCUACCUCAGCGACACGUCCCGACGCGUCAUGCAGCUAGUGCACCGCUUCAACGCCCACUACGGGCAGACAAAGGUGGCGUACACAUUUGAUGCGGGCCCCAACGCUGUGCUCUUCACCCUGGAUGACACCAUGGCUGAGUUUGUGGCUGUCGUGAGGCACACCUUUCCCCCAGAGGCCGAUGGAGACAAGUUUCUGAAGGGGCUGCCGGUGACACCCGCCCCUAUCUCUGAUGAGCUGAAAGCCACACUGGCCAUGGAGCCUGUCCCUGGAGGUGUCCAGUAUGUCAUUGCCACGCAGGUGGGGCCAGGGCCGCAAGUCCUGGAUGACCCGGACGCUCACCUCCUGGGCCCUGAUGGCCUGCCGAAGCCCAAGCCGGCUGCCUGAGCCUGCUGCCAGACGAUGUCUCCCCCUACAGGCUACUCACUGGGACCAGGGACUGGCACAAUGGCCAGGCCACGCUUGGGGCCCGGCUGUGGGGGGCUGGUCCCCCAAGUACCUCACUUCCCCGUGGUGCUUCGCUACAGUGGGCGCUAGAUGGAGCCCUGUGGAGGGCCCCCUGAUGCCGGUGCUGCCCUGGGAUGUGCAGGCAGGGGCUCCUGAGGAGGCGCCUCUCUCUGGGGCUUCCCACGGGAAGCCUAACCAGCUGCACCUCUGAGACUCCCUGACCCUGCACUCCCUGACCUCAGGCCACAGUGGGAAUGGGAGUGGGAUGUUUUUAAAAAGACCAGUGAGCUGGUGGCAUCCAGUCUGGGUAAUGCAGUGACUUAGAUCCUGUCUCACUAAAAAAAAAAAAAAAGAAAAAAGAAAAGAAAAACAUGCUGGGGAUGUAGAGCCCUGGGUUCAACCCCUAGUGCUGCCAAAAAACAAAACAAAUAUGAAAAAAACCAAGGGACCAGCAACCCCUCCCUUGCAGAAGGGGCUGCCGAGUGGGCCCAGUGAGGCGGGGCCCAUCCCGCAGAAUAAACGGUGUUGGUGACUGCGGUC